CCACGAGGAGCUGUACUCCAGCCGGCCAUACGGAGCGCUGGACUCUGGCUUCAAUAGCGUGGACAGCGGAGACAAGAGGUGGUCAGGGAAUGAACCUACAGAUGAAUUUUCUGACCUUCCUCUUCGCGUGGCAGAGAUCACAAAGGAGCAGCGACUCAGAAGAGAAAGCCAGUACCAGGAGAACAGGGGGAGCGUGAUUGUCACCAACGGCGGAGUGGAGCACGACCUGGACCAGAUCGACUUUAUCGACAGCUGUGUCACGGAAGAGGAGGAGGAAGAAGCGAGGCCGCCCAAGAGCACGGAGCCUGAAAGCCUCAGCUCACAGUUCAUGGCGUAUAUCGAACGGCGAAUCUCACACGAGGGCCCGCCGGCAAAACAGAUCCCUCCCCGCGAAUGUCAUAGGACAGAAGAGGCAAGAAGGUUCUUGCACCACAAUAGAGAUGCAGAGGAGUUAAGACGACCCGAAAGCCUGAGCUUGACGCACGACAGGGAACGGCAACAAGCACUGAGGGGCUACUUGGACCGGGCAGAGAGGGGCUCCAGCGACUUCUCUUGCCUUGCAUCCCUGCCAAACGCCCACAAUCAGGUCUCUCACGCUGAUGCAGAUCUGCAGAGGAGGCGUGAGCAUUUAGUGGAGCGCACCCGCCGGGAAGCCCAACUGGCGGUGCUGCAGUUUGAGGAAGAGAAGAUGAGGACGAAACAGAUCCAAAGGGAAGCGGUCCUCGACUUUGUCAAACAAAAGGUGUCCCAGAGUCCACAGAAGCAAAGUCCUCUGGAUAAUGAGUGCCCCUUUCCGUCCAGAAAGUCCCACCACACGGAUGAUAGUGCCUUGCUGGUGAAUGGCUUUGAGCCUGUCUUUGUGUUUGAGGUUGACAGUAACACCAACACCAUUAAAAGAAGGCCGGGGACACUCCACCAGAAUGACGACCGGUCAGCAAUCUCACCAAACUCUCCCACCUCUCAAACAGUUCACCUCUCUGCUCCAUAUCCCGGCCCUGCUGUCGCUGCCACCGCUCCAUCCUACCGAAAUCCUCCCCAGCGUCCCGAGAGCUUCCUUUUCCGAAAUGCCGUGAGGGAUGACGUGAGCAAAGCUGCCGCGCUGCCCCCCUCUCCCACCGCCGCUCCCGCUCACAGCACUGAAGACUGCAGCGAGAACCACGACUCCAAGCUGCAGGAAGAAGAGGUCGAGCUGAUAGAGCAGCUGCGGAAAAACAUUGAGUCACGGCUGAAAGUGUCCUUGCCCAGUGAUCUCGGAGCAGCGCUGACCGAUGGGGUGGUGCUCUGUCAUUUAGCCAAUCACGUGCGGCCCCGCUCCGUUCCCAGUAUUCACGUCCCCUCGCCAGCUGUUCCUAAAUUAACAAUGGCAAAGUGUAGGCGGAACGUGGAAAAUUUCCUGGAAGCUUGCCGAAAGAUUGGUGUGCCUCAGGAGCGAUUAUGUUUGCCUCUGCAUAUUUUAGAAGAGAGAGGGUUGACGCGGGUGGCAGAGACUGUGCAGACCCUCCUGGAGCGGGCCCCCCGCAAACACCACCACCACCAGCAGCACCACCAGCAGCAGCAGCAGCAGCGUCCCUCCGCUGCUAUGUAGCCUUCCCAGGGACUCCUUGUUCCUUUUCCCCUUUGGCCCAGCCGAAUGACUCCAGGACUUGACCGCUCGGCUCGUGUCCAGCACACAGGCAACGUCGUGAUCGGAGGAGGAGGAAAUCGAUAUCCGGGAUUCCCGACGGGAAUAUUUUGCUUCAUUUCUCCAAUUUUUUGUGGGUUUUUUGGGGGGGGAGGUCAAAAAACGGUUCCCAUAGAACUUCUAAACUGUUUCUUUCCCCCCGUUCUGUGUAAAAGUCAGUUUUGUCGGGGAAGGGAGCAGGGAGAGAGGGGGGCGGGGUUUCGCCGGCUGUCAGCUUUAUCCUUAAAGAUGACCACAGCAGGACUGGGAUGUGUCAGGAAACUCUGAGGCCCCCAGUACGUGGCUCUCAUUUGUUUUGACAAGAAUUGCACACGGGACACUUCCGGCCCGCGGAACCUUCUUCAGUCACCGUGCCCACGUUCCUCAGCCAGCACUUCCGAAGCCUAGCAAUAUCAUCUGGUUAUUUUCCUUGCUUUGGCAUCGUGCCGGAGUUUUGUGUAGGGUUAUUCACGACGGGGAGUUUUCCCCUGGCGACCUGAGUCCCCAGUCGAUCGGAGGAGAGUGCCCAUCUCGGUAUGGUCCCGCUCUAAAUGACACCGAGACUCUGAAGAGGCAGAACCCGGUUACAGGCCACUUGCUCCCCCCGUCACUGCCUUCGGUGCCACUGUGUGCCCGAGGCUGGCACUUUGCACUCAAGCGAUGCCCUAGGGGUAGGAGGAGGGGGUAGCAGGCCAAAGGAAACACAUUGCGGGAUUCCGACCCGCCAGCCGUUUGCC